AUGUUAGCUUGCCACUCCAUCGCCGUUAAUCUACUGUUUGUCGCCCAUAUAGCCUCCUAUCGUAUCGAGUUGCGAGAACGCGACCCAAAGUCCUGUUGUGCAUCUCUCGUCGCUCGCCUGCGCAAAUUGCGAGGAAUGCGUUCGAAUUAUGAUUGUCUAAUGCGAACUCAGAAGGUGAAGAAAACAAAAGCCAUGAACUAA